AGUCAGCCUAAGCCCGAGAGAAUGGAGGUGACGGGCCUGGUAGCCUCCUGCGUCGGAAUCUCCGGCAUUGCCCUCAAGGCUGUGAACCGCCUCGACGGGCUGAUUCAGCGGUUCGAGACCUCGUCUGCCUCCCUUAAUGCCCUCAAGGCUCAGGUACGGGGUUUCUACUACGCCGUUGAAAACAUCCGGCGCGUGCUGCAGGAUGCUGAUAGCAGCAACUCCUUGGCGAUGACAACCGGCGAGGCGCAGCUUCAAAUUCAAGACGCCGUGGAGGCAGGGCGAGCCAUCAUCAGAGAGCUGGAGCUGGAGAUCUCCGAGGUCCUAGAUGAGGAUGCUGCGAGGGGGAAGGACAAGGACCUCUCCAAGACCGCAAAGGCUCGGCUUCUUUGGCAUGAUGAUCAGGUGCAGCGGUGGAGCGAUCUGCUACAUCGGCAGACAAGCGCCCUGAUGCUCAUUCUCCAUACGCAACAACUACUUCGAGGUGGGUUCUUCGAGCCUAGUCCGAUGUCAGAGCGGACCGCAAGACCUCUCGCCACUGAAAAUAUUGCUGCCGGCCUUGAGGCUAUUGGCUUGGACAUGGAGCAGCACACGGUACCGAGACAAUUGAUUGAGUUCGGCGAGCAUCUUGGUAAGAGUCUGAGUGAGGACGUUUCAUCCUCUCAAUCUUCAGACACCAAAGUGUUGAGCUCAUCGGCCAGCGUCUCGUCAAUCAACGACGACUCCAAGAUGAAGAAGACAACUUCAAGGAGGUCCUGGCGUUUAAGCAAAGAGUCAAAAAGUAAAAAGGCGGCAAGCGAUGGCAAGCAACAGAAGCAGACGCAAAGACCGCCUCCUCCCCAACCUUCACCUGCACCACCUCCUCGCCAACUUUUCGACAUUGCCGAGGAGUCUGUGAAGCACUACCGGAACCUACUAUCAGCCGAAGCUGAAAGUCUUGUCCCGGAGUGUCCAAGGCUACGCGUGGUGCUCAUCGGGAAGACAGGCGUGGGCAAGUCCACACUCUGCUCCAAGAUCCUGGGCAUUCCAUACGAGGGCUCGGAUGAACUUCAUGGCCAGCGGACGUCGGCCGAUAGGAUUCAAGACCCGUUGACUUAUCCAGGAGUCAACGACCAUCUCGAGCUGCGCGACUCUGGAGGCUUCGAAGCAGGGGCUGACGACACGAUUAAGGAGACGGUCGAGUACAUCUCGUCGAAUCAGUUGGGAAAUCUUGCAAGCCAGAUACAUUGCAUAUGGUACGUCAUUUCAUGUGCCUCGGAACAACCAAUACAGGCCAUCGACGAGAAAUUCCUCACCGGCCAGCUCGUCAACACAGGCGAGAUCCCCAUCUUUGUCAUCUUCACCAAGUACGAUGUUUUCGUCGAGCAGAUCCAAAGGAAGUACAAACUGUUGGAUAUGCAAAGCGCAGAGGAAAAGGCCUACGAGUGUUUCAAGACCAAUCUGGAGGGACGGCUGAAGAGCAUCGUAGGGGAUAACCCUAGAUUCUCUAUCUGUCGUGUAGCGCUUGUGGACAUGGAAGAAUGGAUGCCCAAGUAUACCACCACAGACGCUAUGGGCUCCCAAGCCCUGGUUCAGAAGAUGACGCAGCAGCUUCGUAGCCGGGAUCUUCAAAUCCUCUGGGUUGCCACUCAGCAGAGAGACAACUGGGCCAAGCUGAUAGAUGGAAUUUCCAACAGUAUCUCCCUCUUCUGGACAGCGCGGCGGAUCACCAAGGUCUCCUACCUUCCGUACAUCUGCCUCGUCGGCCUCAACGUGGUUUGGGAGAUCCUUCACAGCAAAGCCACCAAGUGCUGGGGUAUCGCCUCAUGGAACUCCUUAGAUUCCCACAAAACACUGGACUCGAUCUUUCAAGGCACUGGAACCCCGAAAAUCUGGGCCAAAGCCUAUCUACUGGCAUGUAACUGCUUCGGCUCAACCUUUCUCUCGGAAAUCAGCAGUAUGAUCAUACGAAUGGUGAUAGGGGUUCAUCUCAUCGGAUAUUACAUGCGUGAAUUGCAGGAUCGAAAGGGUUCCGAUUUGACCUCAAAUGAGGUAGAGGCGGCCAUGAGGGACUUUGAGGAGAGUGUCGCUAGGGAUAAGAUGGCGCAUAGGAUAAGCGAAGAGCUCGCGCCCAUUCCCUUUAAGGAGCGAGACUGCACCGAAGACGUAACUAGGGCUGCUAUUCGGGUUGCGAAGGAGGCGGCUGUUGGGAGUUUGGAGUCCCUGUUUGAGGAGAUACGUCGAAAAGAAUGA